CCGUCCAUCUUGGUCCAGCCCCUCAGUGCUGUUGGAGGAUCCCCUUCGGCGUGUGGGCUCCCACCGAAUGGUUAAUUCAGUGUUAGUGAUGGCUGCUGCCUCUGAGGAGAAACUGCUUCCAAGUAAGGCAGAAAUUGUGGUCUGGAAGCCCAGAAAAGAAUGUUUGCAGCAGAAUAUUCCAAAUGUUCCUGAUGGCAAGUCUGAGGAGAGUGAAUCUGCUUCUACCUCUCCCACUGAAGGUGAUGUUAGUGGCUCUACUGAUGAGGGCUGGUACAAUAUAUAUGCUGACCUGGAUGUGUGGGAUAAUGAAGUUUCUAGUAUACCUGAGUCUUCAGGGCAGCAAGAUGCAUCUGAGCAUGAGGUGGAAGACUGGGAUAGAGAACUGGAAGAGUUCUCACGUGGUCCUUAUGAUGCUGACGAUCUCUCCUGUGGAAGCUUUGAGGAAAAUAAUCUUUCCAGCUCGUAUGUAUGGAAGGAGGAUUGGUUUUACAACCCAGGCUGUCACCAUGCGCCUUGCUUUAUUUUUCCACCACGAGUUAGAACAGUUGAGAAGGGCCAGUUUGAUGAUGCUGAUGAAUGAGGUUGAGCCUGGUCAGAAAUAAGUUUGGCUUCUGUGUUGGAUUAUGUUCUUCAGCGACUGUGCUGUGUCAAGUCCCUUGGCUUUUUUGCAGAGUUGGGCCUGAGGCCAGAAAUGCAUCACCAUCUCCAGGGUUUUCCUUUGAUUGUUUCUGAGCUGUUUAUAAACUGCCCAUCCUUGCCCAGGAGACAAGAGUGCAAAUGCUGGGUGUAAGGAGUCAGUGCAUUUCUGGAGGAUUUGUUUGUAUUAUAUAGAGCUAUAUUGCUAAUUAAUUGUUUGAGGAGAAGUGUUUAAUUUCUAAACUUCAGCUUGUUUGCCAGGCUUCUGUCAGUUUUGACAUGCUGAUCCCUAUGUUUUUGUGUAACUUUUAGUUUUCUUUCCUUUUCAUUUGAUGCUAUCUGAUUGGUUUGGAUAACUUUAAAAACUGUCCCUCCUUUAAGCUUGUCUGUUAUAUUUCCAUAUGGUUCUAAUGUUCAUUUGUGAUUCUUGUACUGGUGUUUAACAAAAUCAGCUGUGGUGAGUAGAGAAGAAGUUGUUUUGUGUUUAUUUUUGUGUAUUUCAGCAGCAAGGAAUUACAAAUACAGGAUACACAUUUUGCAAAUACAUGUGUUGAUAUAUAAGGGGGCCUUCUCCAUCCAGUAGGAAUGCUGGGUGUGUAAGGCUGCCUCCCAACAAAGAUUUCUCCACAUCAGACCUUUUUGUGUAUGGGCAUAUUACCCUAGAGUCCCACAGUUCUCUUUAUUAUAUUCUCAUGCAACAUCAGAUGUGUAAUGACAAAGAAAAUAUCUGUGCUUCUAUGUAUAUUGCAGUAUAUAAUCUCAGUGUUCUGCAGACAGUAGCGAAUUAAGGUUCCUGAUGCUGUUCUGCUGUUUGUGUUGUGGCAAAUGAGAUGGGAACACAAAAUUGCCUCCACAGAGACCCUAAGAGAAGAGGAGGAGCUAGAACCAUAUCCUUCUCACCUUUGCUCUGGAGUUAAAGGAAGUGUUCUCAAAUGAAGUAUGUAAGUGGAUUGAGUUGCUGGUCAUCUGAGUAACAACAGCCUUCAAUGUGCUCAUGUUUCAUUAAUCACUUUCAUCUCAAAAACAUUUUCGUGUUGUGUUUAGAACUGACUGAACUGGAGCACAGUAUGAUGGCGUUUAUUUUGGUUUCUUUUUUUUAAAUCAUCUAGUGUCUGAGACCAAAAUAAUUAAUUCACUAGUUUAGAAGGAAGAACUGAAUGACACAGUGAUAUUUCCUUAAUAUUUUCCUAGAGAGCACAGGAAGACAAGAGCUUUUAUUUUUUUUUUUUUGGUACCUUUCAAUUCCUGGCUAUGUUUUGGUGUUGAGCAGUCAAAGCAGAGUAGAAGCAUAGUGUUGAGGCUGCAAAAAAGGGGGCCUGGUCUUUUAUUCCCAUAUGAUGGAGGGAUCUAGGGAUUAAUAUUUCCAUCAAAACUUCCUCAGUUACACCAAUAACUGGCUCAUAAUCUCAAGUGAAAAGGUUAAUUUGCAAUUAUAAAUGCAGUAUUCAUAAAGAUAAAUUGAGUGCAGAUUACUGUUGAAGUAACAAUACACUAGUAAAUUGUAAAAAUUCCUUUGAAAACUUCCCGGUUCUUUUGUGAGCCUGCUUAUCCUGUGCAAGCCUGGCUGUGCAUGACAAGGCCCAGGGCUUCCCUGCAGAGGGCAGCAGAAAAUUGUGUGCCCUGCUCGGUGUGUGCUCAGCAGUGUGAGCUCCCCGAGCUGGAUUCCUAACGCUGAUAGCAAUUUAGAUCAGAGUUCUGCAUAGCCCUGUUGUUCCCCAGUGAGGCUGAUUCAUGGCCCUGAUUAGUUUCUCUUUUUUUUUUUAUUUCACUCUGAAGUUAUACUUACUGGACUGAAAAAUUUCUCCCAUGGCUGAGUGAAGAACAUCACUUGACUUCAGGCAUAAUAUAAUUUUUUUUUAUUAUGCUUGUGGGAGAUAUCCCACCGUAUUCAAUAAAGAUUAAACUAAUAGUGUGGAAGCAAACCCAUCUUUUGUAGAAUUUUUUUAUAAGGAUAACCGAAAAGUCUUUAUAACACUGAUUAGGAUGAUUUUUCUUCCUUUACAGUUCCAAAAUUCCAUAAUUCCUGAAUCUUGAAGCUAUUUUCCAUGCACUUAAUAAAUCAAGGUGUUUUUUUUACCCUCUACCUUUAACAGCAAUUAGUCUUGUCUGUCUCAAAGAUCUUAUUAUUUGAGGAGAAAUUGUACUGAAUGGCUGCCUUGCUAAACUGUUUGUAUUUCAAAAGACUGUAAACUUUAAACACUUGUUUUCAGUUUCUGUUUAAGGUUAAAACUGACACCACCCUCUCCAGCUUUGGAAGACCAGGGCUUUGCAGCAGAGGUGUGCUGCUCUCUUCAGGGAUAUGUUGGCAAAUGCAACUUUGUUCAACUUGGCCCUGCUUGUUAGGACAGGGGCUUGAUGUAAAGCUUGAUCUGAACACUCUCAAACUUCAGGAGGAUUAGAAAACCAGAUGCAGGCUUCUCAGAAAGCAUCUGCCUGGAAGGAUUUGAAACCAAGCUUACAGAUUCCAGUGUUUCUGCACUGCAGAGUGUUUCAAAUUCCACUCUGAGUCUUGCACCAAGCCUGUUUUGUGUUGACACAAGCGUGUCAUUCUAGGCAGGAAUACUUGCAAUUAAAAACAACAUAAGGUAACACAUGAGCCAACAGUUUACACUAACAGUCAACCCUUCAGCCUGCUCAAAUUAUUAGAGGGAACAGAGUGCCUGUCACAGGACCAAUAUCAUAAAUCUUGGAUGAACACAAAAAACAUUGGCAGUACAUCAGUUGGAAAACUUAGGGUUGCUCUGUUAAAUGUUAAACUGAGACCCUGCUGCAGGUAAAUAGGUUUGCUGGGUUUAUAUUGUGGGGGUGGCAUAAUAUGGUGGCUCAUAAGAACAAGGUGCCACUUUGAAGUUUCCCUUGCUUUUCUUCUCAUUGCUUCACUUUGUAGGUGAAGAUAAUGACACCAGCCAGUAAAAUACUUCAGAUUUGCUGAGCAAGAGGGUUUGUCUAAAUACUGAGGUGCUAAGGAAUGAAAACAAGAGUUUUACAUUUUCUUUGAAUAGCCAGCAAAUAAAUGAAAGCUUGUUUUGGGUGCAUCUGUUGUUUCCUUUGAGACCUACAGGGAAUGAUUUGCAAGAGGAAAUAAUUGUAGGAAAUGUGUUCAUAUUUCCUGUUGAUAAGGUAGAGCACUUAAUUCAUACAUCAGAUUGAGAUAGUGUUUCUUGCUUUUAUAUAACCACAAAAUCCAGCCUAUCUCAGUGUCUUUUAGAGACACUGCCGCUUCACUUGUUGUUUUAUCCUAUCUUUUAACUGGUCUGCUUUCACUUUUAAACUGAGAAAACUCCUCCACUGUUGGGGUGACUAUGUGAAUAAUUUCACAGACUAUAGGAAAAAUGCUGAUGGCAGCAGCUCAUCCUGACCAUCUGUUGCUUCCAAGGACACCAGUGUAAAUCCCUUUGUAACAAAGGUCGUUUUGUGAAGCUGGGUAAGCCUCUGUAGGCAUGGGGAAGGAACUUGUGAUACUUUACCCUCUGUGGUUCUGAGUUGCAAACAGAGACACCGGAAGCUUGGGUAUUAGAGGAUAAAUUAGUGGUGGAGUUGUUAGUCCUGGAGUACCAGCUGCUCAUAGGACAGCUUCCUAGCUUGGCAGGAGGAACUGGAAUCUACUAAAAAAAUAAGCAAAGCACACAAUCCCAAUAAUUUGGUUUAGUGAUGAAACCACUUUAAAAUAGUUUGAGUAGAUCUUCAGCUGAUACAAACUUUGGCAACUCAUUACCCUGGCAGAACCUCUGUCCCUGUACAUGCCCCUGUGUAAUGCCUGUGUCAUUUCUUAUUGAAAGCUCAUGUUCAGUGAGCUCAUUACUGCUGUAUUCUUAAUAUAGUGGGCUUUCUUUAUGUUACUUUUCACUCUGUUGACCUUUACAGAGCAAAACCUGUUAAUAUGGCUCAAUGGCUACAUUUAUUUCUAAGCAGGUUGUAUCAGGGAGGGUUAUUUUCCAAGUUGAUGAUAGCUAGUUUCAGGACAUGUAGAUGAAAUCAGCCUAGGAAAGUUAACUUCCGUGAUUCAGCAAUUCUUGAUUCUUUGGCCUGAAUUCUUUUAAUCAAAUGUUUUCUGAUCUUCCUGCAACUUCUGUCUUUAAGACCUAGAAACUCUCUUCAUUGUAUGAUGCAGGAAUUUAAGAGUGAGUUGUACACAUAAAUCAUAUGUAUUUGUGAGCCUGAGAUCUUACUUUAUUGUUUUAUUUUCCUCAAAGGGAAAUAGUGCUCAGUCCUCUUUGAGCUGUUGGUCCUUAGUAAGAUUUACAUGGAGUAACACAUUUUCUGUGACAUCUGGGGUAGCAGAGGAUGCCAAGUUCUCAUUGUGCUGCUUUGCAAUUUUAAUCAGUGUAGCUACUGUGGACUCCUAUUCCAACAUUAAACAAGUUGUUUAGUAUUUCUACAUCUACCUCAGGAACUACUCCAAAACAUUCCUGUUCUCACUGAGGAGUUCCUUCCUUUGCUUAACACAUUCUGGAAAACGUAAAAAUUAUUUUACCUCAGCUAAAGUAAUAUAAUUUCACUUCUAAUCUUCAUCUAGACACCAGAGUAAACAUAUGCCACAUUGUAAUAUAGUUCUGGCUGGCUACAGUUGGUUGGGAAUUGUGUAACUCCCUUGUUACAUGCUCAGAUAUUCCUGGGGAAGUAAAUAGAUGUGAUGGUGAGAUUAAACAGGACCUAUACCCACAGCAGACAGUACAACCUCCUACUAUGCAACUGGAAAUCCAGAUAGCAAGGAAAGUCUUCUAGCUGAGCAGGUCUUCACAAUGUUUAUGACAAUAGUAUGGUAGAAUUAGAAUAGCAAGGUCAAAGGUAAAACCGAUAGUUUCACCAGAAGCAUGGGCAACACAUCAAAAUAAUUUGGUACAGGAAUCUCAGUUGCUGCAUUCUCCAUAGAGAACACGUAAGGGAAGUUUGCAGAUUCUGUUUCAACUGUAGUUAACUCCUUAAAUCAAAAACUGAAGCAGGACAAGUAAUCUGACAUGAAUGCACCAAGGUGGAGUCUGCAAAUAGCCACAUGCUGAGUCAGCAAUCACCAUUGUAUUGUCUACUGUCCCUACUGGAUUUGCUGGAUUACCAGACCUCCCUUUGUUCUCAGCGUUAUUUUUAUCAGUACUUUCGGUUACAUGUUCUUCAAACAGGUCAUUAUUUUCCAGGUCUGAAACACCUUUUACCUUCUGUUUUGUUUAGUUGUAGCUUAUCUGAAUCAUUCAGGUUUGAUUGGGUCUCCAUCUCUGCAGCUUGCCAGAUGUCUGAUCUUUUUAGUGGGAUUGGUCAGACAGUAUCAAGACAGAUGAAUAUUUCUCAGGCUGAGACUGCCUGUCUGCUAGAUAAGAACUACAUUUAGUUCUAUUAUCUGCACUUGUGUUAGUAAGUGGAUUAGGUUUAAUUUGGUCCUUUGGAGAGAAGCGGGUGAGCUGUUCUUCAGACAGAUCUGGGAUUUUGUUUAAGGACAGGCUUUGUGAUGUGGUCUGUAAAGUGCCUUGUAGCCCUGUAGGAAUACUUUGUGUGGCUGGUUCCUGACAGCAAUUUGGAACGCUAACUUUAAUGAUUGUGCUUCUAAUUAUGUACAGAAGUAAAUUCUCAGAUGAAAGAAUGGGGAGUUUCAUCAUGUGUCCCAUUAAGUCCAGCAGGGUUUCUGUUGUGCAGGGGAGUGGCUGCCUAAAACUGGCACCUGAUAGCUGCAGCAAGGGGAAGGGUUUCUUAAGAAGGGUUUCUUACGCUGCACAAGGCAUCUUCCAUUCCCCCACAGUGUGCAACUCUGAUUAAAAGAUGUCUUGGCUUCUUAAAUGAGCCAUAUCUUUGUCAUGUGUUACAUUACUGUCAUGUAUCUUUUAUGUCAUUUUUCUCCCCCCAACAAGGGGGGUAGAUUUGGGCAUUUGGCCA